AUAUCGAACUUUCAGGUGUUCAGAUGGAUGCAAAAACAACGCUGGUACAUUGCUGAUAAUGGCAUUUAUUCUAAGUUGAUAACAGUUAUGGGAAAGAAAGGCCAAACUAGGAUGGCUAUGUGGCUCUUUUCUGAGAUGCGUAAUAGUGGGUGCCGACCUGACACUUCUGUUUAUAAUGCUCUAAUUACUGCCCGCCUCCACACUCGGGAUAAAGGAAAGGCAUUAGCCAAAGCGCUUGGUUAUUUUGAGAAGAUGAAGGGAAUGGAACGUUGUCAACCCAGCAUUGUGACAUAUAAUAUUCUUUUGAGAGCUUUUGCUCAAGCCCGAAAUGUUGCUCAAGUUAAUGCUUUGUUCAAAGAACUUGAUGAAAGUUUUCUUUCUCCCGAUAUUUAUACUUACAAUGGUGUGAUGGAUGCAUAUGGGAAAAAUGGGAUGAUCAGAGAAAUGGAAGAUAUACUUUCCCGCAUGAAACGUGCUCGGUGUAAGCCAGAUAUUAUUACAUUUAAUUUGCUGAUUGAUUCAUAUGGGAAGAAGCAAGCUGUUGACAAGAUAGAACAAGUGUUUAAGAGCUUGUCGCACUCCAGGGAGAAUCCAACACUGCCAACAUUUAAUUCAAUGAUCAUUAACUAUGGGAAAGCAAGACUUCGAGGGAAAGCUGAAGACAUUUUCCUAAAGAUGGCUGAUAUGAAGUACAAACCAAGCUUCAUAACAUAUGAUCUUAUCACAAUGUAUGGAUAUUGUGACUGUGUUUCUAGGGCCAGAGAAAUAUUCGAUGAGCUCAUCAAGUCAGGGAAGGGGAUAAAAGUUUCAACACUGAAAGCCAUGCUUGAUGUUUACUGCAUGAACAGUUUGCCUGUGCAAGCAGAUGCACUUUUUGACAACCUGCACGAUUUGAAGGUGACUCCAGAUUUGUCAACAUAUAGACUUCUUUACAAAGCCUACACCAAAGUCAAUAUGAAAGAUCUAGUACAGAAAUUGCUAAAGCGGAUGGAGAGAGAUGGUAUAGUCCCAAAUAAAAGAUUUUUCUUGGAGGCUUUGGAAACUUUCGGGUCUAAAAUGGCUAGUCCAGAAUCAGCUAGUGCUAAAAUGAUGUGAGCAAAUUAGGGACUC